AUGACUAACUGUGGUGAUCAGGGGCGAUCAAUUACAGAGCUAGAAAAUGAUUUUCAGACGAAAAUGGGCCUCGCAGAUGAGCUAGAAACUGUGAAUGUGAGCGUCCCGACUUCUCAUAGGAAGAAACGAAGAAGUAAACCCAAGAAGGAUGGUAAAUUAACUGUUGGGCCUCCUAGUUUAGUAGGUCCUGUAAAUAGUUCCCAAGGUGGUGCAGAUAAACCCAACUCUGCAGAAAAGGCUGAAGUGCCCCAGUUGCAAAGUGCUUCCGAGAAAAAGAGAAAACCGAAGAAACGACCAAGUUUAAAGCAAACGGAUCCUCCCACGGUGCCCAUAUGUCAGUUAUAUCCGAACAAAGACUUUCCACUCGGUGAGAUAAUGGAAUAUACGUCAUUGACGGAUGGUCGGACGGCUGCAAACCGAAUGACUUCGCAAGAGCUCCGUUUACAUGAUGAAGCACGUCUUGAGAUCUACCAAGAUCUUCGACAAGCAGCUGAGGUACACAGAACCGUGAGACAGUACAUGCGACCACUUCUGAAGCCCGGUGUUCGUCUUUUUGAUUUUUGUGAGCAAUUAGAAGCCACUAGUCGACAGUUAAUAAACGAAAAUGGUCUUAGAGCUGGUCUGGCUUUCCCAACUGGCGUUUCCCUUAAUAACUGUGCUGCGCACUACUCUCCGAAUGCCGGUGAUAACACGGUCCUUCAAUACGAUGAUGUUUGUAAAGUGGACUUUGGAGUUCAUGUGAACGGUAAUCUCGUAGACUGCGCUUUUACGGUUCACUUUAAUCCACGGUAUGACAGACUCGUGGAAGCUGUCAGGGACGCUACCAACACGGGUAUCAAGGAAGCUGGCAUUGACGUUCGAUUGUGCGAUGUGGGUGAGGCCAUUCAGGAAGUUAUGGAGUCCUAUGAAGUUGAAUUGAAUGGUCAAACCUAUCAGGUAAAAUCUAUUCGGAAUCUCAAUGGUCACUCCGUCGGACCAUAUCAAAUUCACGCUGGAAAGUCCGUGCCUAUUGUUCGAGGUGGUGAACAGACUCGAAUGGAGGAAAACGAGAUCUACGCAAUCGAGACUUUUGGCAGUACUGGCAAGGGUGUGGUGCAUGACGACAUGGAAUGCUCGCACUACAUGAAGGACUUUGAAGUCGGUCAUGUUCCUCUCAGGCAACUACUGGCAACCAUAGAUAAGCACUUCGGAACGCUGGCUUUCUGUCGCCGAUGGUUAGAUCGUCUAGGCGAAACGAAGUACUUGAUGGGACUCAAAAACCUGGUUGAUAUGGGGGUCAUCAAGGCGUAUCCACCGCUCGUCGACACACGAAAUAGUUAUACAGCUCAGUGGGAACACACCGUCAUUUUGCGACCUACUUGUAAAGAGGUUGUAACCCGCGGAGACGACUAUUAA